AUGUCUCUUGGUCGAUGGAGGGUCGAGGAUCGAGUGAGGAUCCAGAACCCGCUCAGCUCCUUAAAUGACGAGCAAGUUAAUAUCGACGCCACCCGAUUUGUAAAUAGCAAGGCCCGCUUUCUAUCAGACAGAGUCGAAGAAGUCCAGAGAGCGGCCCAUGUCGCCAAGCAUAUUCGCUUCUAUGAACAGAUUGCUCGUGGUUACAAUCCGGGGGGCGCCAGCCCGCCUGUGAUUCUUACAGACGAUGAAAAAAGAGCUCUGGUGAGAGAGAAAGAAAAGAUCAUUUCCGAGCAUGGAAUGUGGUAUGUCUUCGUCACCGUCGCACUCGCCGCGUUCCUGCAGGGAUUCGUGCAGAGCUCCUUUGCUGGAGCCAAUGUGUACGAGGGCUACUGGCGGCGGAUUACCGACGAUAAUAAACGCGACCACGAGAUGGGAAUUACAAAUGGCAUCGCAUAUCUUGCGGCCGCAUUGAUCGGCUGCCCAUUAUCCGAUCCAAUAAACCAGAUUGCUGGAAGAAGAGGCGCCAUCUUUUUUGCAUCCAUCCUUAUUAUGACAACAUCUAUUGCGGCUGCUUCAUUAUCCAACUUUGACGAAGACGGAACAGCUCAAUCGACAGCGUGGAAGACGCUUGUGGGACUUCGCCUGAUCAAUGGCAUCGGCAUGGGAAUAAAGGCCGUCUCAACCCCAAUCCUUGCUUCGGAAACUGCCAUCGGAUACUGGAGAGGAAGUGCUCUCCUCGUCUGGCAAUUAUGGGUUGCCCUUGGGAUAUUUGUCUCCAACUCCUUCAACCUUCUCUUCUAUCUCUCACCACGCCCUAUUGUCUCGCUGAGGCUAAUCCUGGCUUCCCCCAUGGUACCGGCAAUCUUUCUCGCCAUUUCUCUUAUCUUCACGCCGGAGAGCCCACGCUUUUACCUGAGACCUCAGCGUGGGCACUAUAACCCGGAAAAGGCGUAUAGAGAGUUGAAGAGACUGAGGAAUACCGAGCUUCAAGCUUUGCGAGAUUUGUACCUCGUUCACCGCAGCGUUGAGUUCAGCGACUUUGAUGAUAGGCUAGAUGAAAGAGUAGAUACACCAGAAAUAACGCUGAGGCCUAAACUAUCUGUUCGCAUUCGCCAGUACUUCUCACGAUAUCGCGACCUUAUUGCCAACCCGAGGUUGCGGAAUUCGACCAUAUCCUCAUGCACGGUCGCCUUUGGCCAGCAACUUUGCGGAAUCAAUAUUUUCGCCUUCUAUGCUACGACACUAUUCCUCAAAGUCUUAGGAGGUAUCAAGUACGACGGAAACGAGGAUGACAACCGGGAAGCCUGGAAGCGGGCAAUGCUCUACUCUUUUGGCUUCGGUCUCACCAACUUCCUCUUCGGAAUACCCGCCAUCGGAACCAUCGACACCUUCGGACGGCGAAGAUGGCUUUUAGUCACAAUACCGGGCAUGGCGUUUGCCCUUCUCGCCGCCGCUCUGAGUCUUGAGAAUCCCGACCCCAACACGCGGACUACACUAGUGGUGAUUUUCAUGCUGAUCCACACUGUAUUUUACAGUCCAGCCAUGGGGCCAGUACCCUUUACUUUAGCAUCUGAGGCAUUCCCACUGAGCCACAGGGAGCAUGGAUGCUCCGUAGCUAUCACGACCAACCUCUUUUUCGCCGGUCUCCUCGCCUGGUUCUACCCGUUGCUCGACAGUGCUCUGGGCGGCCACCGUAAUUCAAGCGGAAACCCACGCGGCGGUGGUGGCGCGUUGGGCCUGUUUGCGGGCUUCAACGUCCUUGCGUUUGUUCUUGUCUACCUCCUCGUUGAAGAAACGAAACAGCGCGACCUCGAGGACCUUGAUCAGAUCUAUGCCGUAUCGAAAAGAAAAUUUGCAAAAUUCCAAGCUACGGUACAUUUACCUUGGUUUUUCCGGCGUGUCUUCACGUGCUCGACAGAUCCGAAGCCGGAUUUCUAUGAUGAUACGACGAAUACUGUGAUUGCCCCCGACGUGGGAGCAAGAGGGGACAUAUCACCUCCCGGAUCCCCCAUUCCCGGCGCAGGAUCCGAAGACAAAGGACCGAUAGCUACUGUUACCGAUACUCGACCAGGUUCUGGUGGGCGUUAUGCAUAG